CCCACCUGUGCCCAGCAGAUCACCCACCUGUGCCCAGCAGUGCACCCACCUGUGCCCAGCAGUGCACCCACCUGUGCCACUCUGCAGUGUCACACACCUGUGCCCAGAAGUGCCACCUACCUGUGCCCAGCAGUGUCACACACCUGUGCCCACCCACCUGUGCCCACCAGUGCCACCCACCUGUGCCCACCCACCAGUGCUGCCCACCAGUGCCAUCCACCAGUGCAGCCCAGCAGUGCUGCCAGUCAGUGCCACCAUCAGUGCCGCCAGUCAGUGCCCAGCAGUGAUGCCAGUCAGUGCCGUCUAUCAGUACCCAUCAUCAGUGUCACCUAUCAGUGCCGCCUAUCAGUGCUGCAUAUUAGUGCCGCCUAUCCGUGA